AUGUAAUCUGGACAGCUCCUGAAUUUAUAAAGGCUUGAGAGAUAAUACUUAUAGACACUAUCUUAGAAUGGAUGGGAAUCUCCUGUUGUUGUUAAUGCAGCAGUUGAAUUUGCAAAUACUUUGAUAAGAGAUGGAAGAACAUUAUUAAAAUCUGAUAACAAUCCUUAAGCAGAAAUGUUCUUUAAUAGAGCAAAAGAAGUAGAUAAAUUAUCAAUUCAAAUAGAUCACAACACCUAUCUCAAUUACAAGUGGAAUAUUUUAUACAGCCAAUUUUGUACGUGCAAGAGGUAAUGCAAUAUUGUAGAUUGUUUAAUUGUAUGAGUAACAAAAUCAAUAUCAAAAAGCCUGGAUGAAUAUUAAAGAAGUAUUGCCUUUUAUGGAAAAAUUUGCAUACACAAAAAGAGUAAAUAUUAAUGAGGAUGAUUAAAAUGUUUUAAAAAUAUAUGUCUAGUUACUAUUUCAUGGAUGUGAAGUAUGUAGAAUGAUGCAUAGAAAAGAUGAUAUGUUGGAUUAAUGUAAUAAAUAUGUAGAAAUUUUGAAUCGUUUGGGUAUCACUUUUGACUCUUUAAGAAAUCUAACCAAGGACGAAUUUCAUUAAGAAUUCAAAAAAUGGUUUUUGAUGUUGGCAAAAGCUUUUUAUUAUAUUGGUAAAUCAUAAUUCAAGGUUGGCUUUGAAAAGGAAGCACUUCGUAAUCUCUAUAAAUCGUGGUAAAUUUUUGAAUUAAUUUAUGGAAUGGAUGCACCAGCAACAAUUAAAGCAAGAGAUAAAUAUGAGAAAUUGAGUUAGAAAAUGGAAUUUGAGAUGAUUAUGGGAAAAGAGAAAGUGGACUUUUAAUAAUUUAAGGAGGAUUUAUAAAAGGAUGUUGGAUAAGAUCUACUCAAAAAAGUAAUUACACUGAAACCAAAUAAAAAUUUUAAUGUAUAUUUAUAUUAUUUAUUUAUUUAAGCAUCAUAUAAUUCAGUAAGUUAAAUCUUAUUAAUAAAUAGUAGGACAAUUAUCUUAACAUACAACUAAAUAUUAGAUGCCAGAAUAUGUUAAAAAAGUUAGAAUAGAAUAUGAAGAUAAAUUGAGAACAAUAUCAUUUUAAUAAAAAUAUGAUGAAUCCAACAAUAAAUAUAAGCAAUAUCAAAUAACAAAUAAGAAAUCUUCAUCUAGAGCUGUCUCCACUUAUAAUCAAUCUCUUUUACCUUAAGAUAGAUUAUUCUCUCCUAGAUUAUCCAAUGCAACCUUAUCUUAAAGGACUAGUCUCUAUUAAUUGGAUAAUCAUAUGGAUUAAUUAAAGUAAAUAUAUAUAUAAUAGAUUAUAUAGAUAAUAAUUAUAUACAACAGAAUUGAAGAAAGAUACAGUAGAUGAUUUAUUGUUAACUAGACCAUAAAUUAAAUCUGAAUAUAUAUUAUAAAAAAAGAAGAAUGAUAAUAAAUAAACUGAAUCAAUUUAACCUAUUAAAAAUAUAAGCAAAAAGAAAUUUGUAUCUAAUAGAUUAAUUCCACGUAUUUUAAAUAAAUAAAGUACUUAAAUAAUCCAUAUUAAAUCUGAUUCUCAAUAAAGUGAAUAAAAAAUACAUAAGUUGCAAACCAUCUAAGAUUAAAAUUUCCAAUAAUAAAUGGAUGAUUUGCAUGUUCCAUCUACAGAAUCUCUUUUAAUCUAAUAAUAAUAAUAAUAAUAAACAUAAUAGUUGCCAAUACUUUAAAAUGUCUUAACAGAAAUGUCAGAAUAAAGUGAGAAUCAUUUUGCUGAUUUACUAAAGAAAUAUACAAUGGAUUAGUUAAAUUUGGCAGCUUCUAUCAUUUAAUCUUGUUAUAGAAGAUAUAGUAAGAUUAUAAAGAAGAUAAAAUCUAUAUAAACUAUUGAUUUAACUCCUAUUAAUCUUCAUAGACCAAAUAAUGCUACAUAAAUUAGUGAAAAAUUUGAUAGUUAAUAGACAGGAAAGAAUCAAAUGAAAUUAUCUGUUAAAGAAAUGAAGAAUUCAGUAAGGAGAAGAAACUUUGGAUUUGAUUCUAUUGUUAGAGAAAUCAAAAAUACUGAUUCUGAAUAAAGUAGUUCUAAUAAAGCCAAAACUGUAUGUUACAUAAUUAUCAUAGUUAGUUUAAAUUAUUAAAGAAUUUUAUAAUUUACCUGAAUCAGAAUUAUAUUUCUUAUCUAAAUUAUUUUUUGAUUCAGAAAUUAAAAUAUGGAAACUUUCCAAUAUAUGGGUCAGAGCAUUUAGUGAUGCAAACUCUUAAAAUUAAGAUUCAGAAGAUGAUGAUGAAGUAAUAUAAAAUGAUAUAUCUCCAAGUGAAAUUUGUAUAUAUAUUUAAUAAAUUUCAAUUAGAAAAUUAACUGCAAUACAUAAUGAAUAUAUUUACCGAUGUUUAAUCAAUUAAAGCAUUACAAUUAAUAGUCUAUUUUAGAUUAUCUAAUGAUAAAUAACAAUAUACACUUAAUUUCAAAAUUAAUAGUUUUGCUAGUUAUUUGGAUGAAUAUUAAAGAUGGUUUUCCAAAGAUCGUCUAUAAAAUUUUAAUGGUUUAUUAAAUAUUUAUUGUAAAUAAUAAGCAUUACAUUAAUCUAAUAAAUGUAGAGCAAUUGUAUUUUCAAGUAUUGAUAAUGCACAUGAAAUAGUAAGUAAACUUUUAUAUGCUUUAAAAAAUCAUUAUUAUUUGAUUAGAUCAGUAGUUGGUUACAAAAUAGUUUCAAUGAAAGAUGUAAUAUAACAUUAAUUAUAACAUGAUAUUAUUGAUAUAAGAUCUUAUUACAAAAAUAAAUAAAUUGAGAAGGAAAACAAAAGAUAAAUGAUUUUAAGAUAAUUGAAAGUGGAACCAAUCAAAAUUAUUGAACGUCAAACUUAAGAAUUAUCAACUAUAUCAUCAUCAUCUAGACACAGAAGACAAUAACUCUUUAAUGAUGAAAUUAAGUAAUCUCAUGAAUAGAGUAUAGUAAUUUAAGAAUCUGAUGAUAAUAAAUCUGAAUAUUCUAAAGGAGGAAUCACAUCUUAAUCUCCAACUGAUUAAAAACAUUUUUCUAAUAAUUUUAAAUCUAUUGAGAAUAUUUCAGAAAAAGAUAUUAUAUAAGAAAUUCCAUUAAGAAAUCCUAAAAAAUAGUAUUCUGUUAUUCAUAAUAGAAAUACAAUGGCUAGUCCUAGAUUUGAUUCUAUUAUAUCUUCAUAAGCAUUAAUUCGUAAUACUGUUUAAAGAAAAACACAUGGUAGUCAUUUUUUGGAAUUUUCAAAGAAACAUAAAUUAGAUUUAACUAAAAAAGAAGAGUUUAAUUAUGAACCACCUAUUUCCAAAUAAAGUUUAGAUGAUUAAAGUAGAGAUAGAUCAUAAUCAGAUAUAUAAUUUCUUAAUGAUUAUCUACCUGAAUUCUAAUUUGCCAAUUUAGCUGAUUUUGAAGAUUAUUAACCAUAAGAAGGACCUACUAUUGAGUUUAAAAAUGUAUUCAAUUAUAAAUCUACUUACUUUCCACCUAGAGGUUUAAUCAUUCAACCAGAACCUGAAUAAUUUCUACCUGAAUAUCCUGAUAAAUUUAUAAUGAUGAAUGUAACAAUAAAGUAAGAUAAUUGUAUUAAAACUGGUUAUAUUCUCUAUGAAGAAGGUUCUACAUAUUUGAUAAUUGAUAAUAAAAAUGGGAAUAUAAUUAAACAAAUGAUUUAAAUAGAUUUAGGUAUUAGAUUGCCUAAUCGUCAAAAGAAAUUGUAAAUAUUGGAAUAAUUAAAUGAGAAAGAAAGUAGAUUUUAGAAACUAUCCUUAAUUGAAGAAUUAAAACAAUUGAAUUAUAGACAUACAUAAAUUAUGUUAGAUAGAUAUGUUAAAAGAAUUAAUCAUUAUGAUGAAUUUAUACAUAAUGAAAUCCAUUAGUAAUUAUAUAGUAAUCAAAUUCUACCUCCUACUUAAAUUAAAUAUCUUAAUACUACUGAAAGAAGAGUUUCAUUUGAAUUAUUAUAAGAAUAAAAUAGAACUGAAACAGAAGAAGGUAUGUAAUUGAAAAUAGAAACUGGUAUUAAAGAAUCUAAUGAAGAAGUAAUUGAUAACAAAUCUUUUCUUACUUAUAGAUCUAAAUUCAAUAUUAAUAAAAAUAAAUUUUAUUAUUUUGAAGAGAAUCUUAAUUUAAAAGUGGAAAUCAAUUUUAGAGAAGUUAAAAUUUUAGACACAAAGCUUUUGUAUCUUAGUGAUUAAUAAGCAAAGUAAGAUUUACUUGUACUUAAAAAGAAUAUGCAUGAAUUAAUAAGACAUUAGAAACUUUUAUUGAAGAUCAUUAUUUAUAAUCCUAAUCAACAUUUAUAUUAUUUUCGUACUAUUAAAUCAAUUUAAGAUAUUGAGAAGAUGCUUCAUAUUUUCAUUAAACCAUAAUUGAUAGGAUAUUAAAUUAAAUCAUAAGCUAAAUUAUAAAGGAAAUUAAUAGGGAGAGCUUUAUAAUUUAAUAGAUAAUUUAUAAGUUUAGAGGAAAGAAAUAGAGAUAAAUUUAGUACUUUAGAUUAAUUUUUAUUAAUGUAUAUAAUUGAUCCUUUAUAAUUCAUAAAUAAUGAAAAUCAUAGAUUAUUAAAAUAAACAAUUCUAUUUUAUUAUUUCAAAUAAUAAUUGAAAUUGACUUUAAUAUCUUCAAGUCGUUUAAGAUAUUUCAUGAAAACCUAUUUUCAUCGUAAAACUUUUAAUGCUUAAAGUAAAGUAAGUAAUAUAGGAAAAGUAUUUGUAGAAUGUGAAGUAUAUUAAUUUAAUGAAUUUUAUGCUGAUUAAUAAACCAAUGAUCAUACAUAUUUUUAUUUUUAAAUUACUCCUUAAGAAAGUAGAACAAAAAUAUUUAAAUUAGUAUUGGAUUUUGCUGAUAUUAAAAGUAUUUGUAAUAAAGUGACAUCACAUAAUUGUUUUUAAAAUAAAGUAUUACAUGAAAUUAUUAAAAUAUUGACUGCUUAUUUAGUAUGUUAUAGAACAAAUACUUAUCAUGGAAUCAAAAUUCCUUUAUCAUAUAUUGCAAGUCAAUCUAAAUAUGAUCUUCAUAAUACUUUUACUGAAGUAACAUAUGGAAGUAAUAUUCUAGAAGAAUAAUAACAUGCUAGAUCUUCUCAUCCAAAAUUAUCUAUUUUAAUUAGUGAUCCUACUCUUAGAAAAAAGUCUUAAGCAUAAAUUAUGGAUGUAUAAAUUGAUAAUUUAUAAAUGCCAGAAGAAGCAAAUAAAGUAUUAAAAAACACUACUUUGUUAACACCAAUAUUUAGAGGAUAGAAAUUUAUUUAUAAAACUACAAAAAUUGUAAAUAACAUGUAUGUCAUUAUUACUAUAUCUUAUUUAUCUCUUAAUAAAUUUUAAAUAGGAUUGUAUAUACCAUAAACAUGUAGAAAUUUCAGUUGUUAUAUUUCAUCAAAUGAUUUCUAAAAUAUGAAUCCUGUCUUUUUAGAAUCUAUAUUUCCAUCAUGUUUAGUCACCAAAGAAACUAUUGAUUAAUUUUAUAUUAAUAGAUGGAAAUUCUCUGAAAUGAAUAAAAUUUAUGAAAUGGCUGUCAAUCAUCCAGAUGAAUUUGAAGAUUUUUAUAGUGAAAUGCGUAGUCAAGCUAGAGCUAUUCCUCAAUCUGAAUUGUAAAAAUUAACUGAAAGCAAAGUCUCUAUUAAUAAUGAAGAUGAAUUCUUAGAAAAACCUUAUGAUGAUACUCCAAAAAUACUUGAUUCCUUUAGUGAUUAAAGUAGAUAAAAUGGCAGAUCUUCAACUUAACCUCCUCUAUUUAUGAAAAAAUAAUUCUCUAAGUAAUUUUCAGUAUAAAAUUCUAUUGCUCAAACUAUGAGAUUAUCAUUACCAACAUCAUAAUUUUAAUAGAAAACAGAUAAAAGUCUCUUUUAUAGAAAUAGUCCUCGUGUAUCCAAUUAAGAUAGUUUGGAAAAUUUGUAUUCAAGUGAUAAAGAUUUAUUUUUUAAUUAAAUUCUUGUAAGAAAAAAUAAUCUUGAUAUGAUUUCUACUUUUGAAAUAAAAAUUUGGGAAUCUCUUAUAGAUAAAGUUAAAAUUACUAAAAAUCAAUAAAAUAGAUUUAUACUCAAUCUUGAUACAUUUAAAGGAGUAUUGAGAGAGAAUUUAUAUACAUAAGUAGUAUAUUUAGGUAAUGAAGUAAAUGCCUUAUUUGAAGUAUUUGUUGAAAAUGUUAAAAAACCUUUUAAUAUGUUGAAACCAUAUAUACCAAUUAGAUUAAAUGAGAGUUAGAAUUUUCAAUUGUAUUAAAGAAUUACUCUUUUUGAACAACCUAAAAUAGUAAAUUUUAAAUUGAUGCUAAGGAAAGUAUUAUACAGUUAUUAUAAUGAUGAAAGAAGAAACCUUUAGAAUUUAAAAUUGAAUGAUUGUAGUUUAGAUCAAUAUGAAUUUAUUGAAUCUGAUAUCUAAAAGUGUUCAGUAUAUAUGUUAAAUAAAUUAAAAAAAUAACUAAAAUUGAAUCCCUUCAAAUUUAUUGUUUAAGAUGUAUAAGGAGAUGAAAAAUGUCCAUAAGUAAUUAAAGUGAAUGCAAAUUAUGAAUAAUACUCUUCUUUCAAAGUAAAUUAUUAAUAUUUAUUAUAUUAGUCUUAUUAAUAUACAUUGUUAAAGAGGAUGAUAUUUAUAAUGAGGCCUACACAAAUCUAUAUUUCAAUAUUUUAUUAAGAAAAGAAAAAAAAAUUUUGGUUAUAUUUUGAAAGUAUGAAAAAUUGCAAAAAUACAACUAUCAAAUAUCAUUUAAAAGAAAUUCAAAACUGUAUUCCUAAUGCAAUAGGUCUAUUGAAUUUGGGAUUACAUUAAGAAUUAGGUAAUAGAAUAUAUAGAAGUUUUAAAAACAGACUUUUAGUCUCCACACAUUAAUUAUUAUUAUGA